UGGGCCCGCUGUCUCGGCUGCGAAGGAAGGCGCUGCCCCCAGUAGCUCUCGCUGCUCCUGCCCAGCGCCGGCCGGAGCGGAGCCGGAGUGACGUGAGAAGUGCGUCUCUGCGACUCAGGGGAUCUGUCUGCGCCUAGCGCUUGAACCGCUCCUCAGGCCUGACAUACGCCCUUGGAGAGGAUGGUUUGAGGGUAGGUGAACAACGCGCUCUGACUCGGCUCGCUUUCAGACCUUGGAAAAUGGCAGCAGCGCUGGGUGCCGGAAGCGGUUCUGCUGGGCCACCUGGGCUCCCCAAUUCCGUGCCAGGGCAUACCGCCCUGCCUGCAGUAGCUGUUUGGGAAUGGCAGGACGAGUUCGGCAGGUGGAGGCCAUACAGAGGGGGCGUGUGCAGCUUUAUCGAACAGGCGCUCCAAGCCCCUGCGCAGAAGGGGAGACGAUCGGGAGCCGGGCUGGCCAGCAGCAGUAUCCCGUUGGGGCAGGCGGAUGCCACGCUCGCCCCUUAUGUCAUCGACAUACCAAGCCUGAUGCAGUUCCGACAGGACACAGGAACCAUGCGAUCCGUCCGCAGACACCUCUUCGCUCAAGACUCCGCGGCCGGGCAGGGCAUCGUGUGGGAGUGGCAGAAUGACGAAGGCGGGUGGUCUCCGUAUGAGAUGAAGGUCUGUGUGUUCCUGGAGCAAGCCUUCACGCAUGGCCUUCGGCACGUAGACCUGAGCUCCUUGGGCUACAACUACGACAUUGAUUUUGUAUCGCUGGUCCAGACCAACAAGAGCUCCAGGUUCCGACGAGGUAUUCAGAGGCGCAUGGACACCCCGUAUCCGGUGACCACGGCCACGGGGCCCCUUCACACGGCAGUGGCUUGUUCUUGUCAACAGUGCUUGUUGAAUAGCGGAACUGGCCCCAUCACCACGCGCUAUCGGCACUCCAUGAUAAACCUCCCCAGUUCGUCGGCUGUACCGCAGGUUUCCAGUCGGACAGCUGCACUAAGCUCUUCUGGGCUCGGCUUUGUGCCCUAUAACAAACCAACCUUGUCUGGAGCAAGGUCAGCGCCGAGACUCAAUACACAGAGUGCAUGGGCGCUGCCUCAGCCCGGGGGAGCCGGAGGCCCAAGCCCAGGACUGUCGGCGUCUAACGGAGUCAGUGUCCCGAAUCUGCCGGUCGAGAUGCCCAAGCCCAGCAAAGUGAACCAAGCUUUGGCAGGCAUGACGGCUAUGCUGAUGUCAGCCACUGGACUUCCUGUGCGUCUGACCUGUGCGCCACAACCUGCCAGCACCCGUAGACCCACUAAAAAACACAGCUCAGUUAAGGAAGGGAGGAAAGUGUCCAAGAAAGGUGGAGUCAUAACGUCGAUUGUGCAAAUGUUUCCCUUUACAGGCUGGUGGAAGAGCCUGGUCGCGUCUAUGAUGGACACGGUUACUGCGAGCCCAAGCGAGCACGAGCAGGUGGUGAGGAAAUACUUGGAAGAGCUGAGAGGAGCCCCCGCUGAUGAGGACUGUAUCAUCUGUAUGGAAAAGCUGGCAUCGCCCUCUGGCUACAGUGAUGCCUGUGAGUGCAAGACAAUCAAGCCGGAAGCGGUGGGGCAACUGACCAAAUGCCAGCACGCUUUCCACCUGCUCUGCAUGCUGGCCAUGUACGCCAAUGGCAACAAGGAUGGCAGCCUGCAGUGCCCCUCCUGUAAAACCAUCUAUGGCGAAAAGACGGGCACCCAGCCGAAAGGGAAGAUGGAGGUUUCAACUUUCACUCAGUCCCUUCCCGGCCACCAGGACUGCGGGACGAUCCAGAUCGUGUACUCCAUUAGCAGGGGAAUUCAGGGCCCGGAGCACCCCAAUCCAGGGAUGCCAUACACAGCCAGAGGCUUUCCCCGGUACUGUUACCUUCCCGAUAAUGAGAAGGGCAGAAAGGUCCUGGAUCUAUUGAGGGUGGCCUGGAAGAGGCGCCUGAUUUUCACCGUGGGCACUUCCAGCACGACCGGCGAGAGCAACACGGUGGUGUGGAACGAGAUCCACCACAAGACGGAGAUGGACACCAAUCUCAGCGGCCACGGUUACCCCGACCCCAACUACCUGGACAAUGUGCUGGCGGAGCUGGCGGCUCAGGGCGUCACCGAGGCCUGCUUGAGACAGUAACUCGCCUCUGUCCUGGCUCCGCGUCGCGUCUGUGCAAUGCACAGCGAAUGCCUGCUCCAGCCUCUGGCGGGCGGCUAGUGCACUUAUUCCUGUUGCCUUAAGUUCCUGUCUCUAAUCACUUGUGUUCUGAGCAAUAACACGGUAUUUGGGAAUCACGUGCAGUCUGUUUUCUGGAGAGCAGGUUAUUUUUGUAUAAGCAAAGGGUCCUGAUGUUGGGGUCUCGGGCGUGACACCGGAGCGCUCCUGCUGCAGCCAGGGCAUGCUUGGAAUAUGUUCCCUAGGUGGCCGAUCAACUCGCUUCUCUGUGUACUUUCGAAGCACUUGGGAAGUCCCAGUCCUGCUCCCUCGCUGCGUAGAGGGACGUCUUGCUGGCUCUGGAUCAGCAAACGAGUGGCCAGAAAUGUCCGUACUCAUCUGGCUAAUGCACCGGAGCACUGCUCAGACACUGCCGAGUGCAUCCUUUCUCCCCCUUCUCCCCGGGUAGCUGAUUUAAUACAUGUGCUGUGCUCCUAAUAAACGCUGCAUUGCUAUGGAGAGUUGUCAUUAGCCUUGAAGGAAUCUC